AUGGCAAAGUGCAUAGCAUCUUCGACCCUCGGCGCCGCGCCAGACACAUAUCUCUACAGCCUCGCCCAAGCUGGAGACAUCUACGCCACCAUCGGCUCCGACGACACUCUUCGUGUGUUCGACAUCUCGCUGAAGCUGCUCAGCAAGAAAACUCGAGCAGCUGCCGAUGGGCUCUCUUGCCUCUGCAGCAACAACAAUGAUUUCAUCACCGCCGGUCGAGACGGCCUGAUCCGCAGUUGGGAUGCCAGAACCGCCCGUCCGCUGCUGGAAAUUGCACAGCAGAAACCCAGUCCAGUCUCCUCAAUAGCUACCCACGACUACUUCAUAGCAGCGGGCACCGAGAGUACCAAAGAAGGACUGGGCGAUGUCAAUGUGCUAUUAUACGACCCUCGAAUGCCUGCCACACCAUUGCGCAACUACUGCGAAUCCCACUCAGACACCAUCACCCAGCUGAAAUUCCAUCCAACUCAACCGCACAUCCUCAUGUCCGGGAGCACCGAUGGCCUCGUCUCAUUAUUCGACACGACCAUUGCCGACGAAGACGAUGCCCUACAGCGUGUCCUCAACCCGCGCUCCGCCGUGCAUUGCGCCGGCUUCCUCAGCGCCACAGACGUGUACAUCGCCACUACCGACGAGCAAUUCUCGAUCCACUCACUCGACGACACGGCGGAGAGAUCGGUAGUCGAUUUCGGCGAUGUGCGAACGACACUCGAUUGCUCGUAUAUUGUUGAUGUGGUCGAUGGUGGUCGGCCCGUUGUGGUUUGUGGCAAUCUGGAGAAGAAGUCGCUUGCGCUUGUUGAGCUGGCGAAUUCGCAGUCUCGUCCUUUUGGGGCGAGGGUGGAGUUGCUUGGUGCUCAUGGUGAGGAUGUGGUGAGGGAUUUGAUCGUCGCUGAUGGAGGGAGGAAGGCAAUUAGUUGCGGUGAAGAUGGACAAGUGAAGGUGUGGGCUUUAUGA